GAGAAAGCUUUCUACGAUUCCCUUCGUUUCCUCCGCUCUUCUUCUCAAACCCUAACCAUGAGUUCCUCCGACGACCCAAAUAUACCUCAAGACGUCGUCGUCGAGAUCCUGAAGCGAUUGCCGGUGGAAUCUCUCCUCCGAUUCAGGUGUGUUUCCCGAUCAUGGCGUUCCGCCAUCGACGACCCUCGUUUCGUGGCCCUCCACUUGAACCACUCCGCUCUUGAUGCCUCCAACUGGCAUCUCCUCUGUCUACAUCGGUUCGAUCCUGUGCAGAGGCUGUGCUCUCUGUUUCCCAAUGUGUCUCUUGCUCUGCCUUCCCAGUCACAAAUCGAAAUUCCAUUUGGUAAUCCUGCCAACCAGUGCAGUUUUGUUGGUUCGUGUAAUGGCUUGAUCUGCGUCAGAGAAUUUUCCACAAAUGGCCCUGGUGAGACGUUUUAUUUGUGGAAUUUAUUCACCAGAAAGCACAAGGCGGUUCCACGAUCCGGUCUGAAGCAUCAAUAUCUUUCCGCGGUGACUCUUCAUAGAGUUUUAGGGUUUGGCUUCGACGCUGGCUCGAAUGACUAUAAGAUUGUGAGGAUUUUCUAUGUUUUAGAAGAUAGUGGUGGAUGCCUUGGUGGGCCAAAGGCUCGAGUCGAGAUUUAUUCACUCAGUACAGAUUCCUGGAGAAGUUUGGAGUGGGAGGUUCCUGCUUUCUGCGGAUACAGAACGGCGGUCUUCUUCAAUGGGAAGCUGCACUCGUUUGCAUUCAAGUUCGAUGGUCCGUGGGGUAAGUGUGCAGACGGAUUGAUAGUCUCGUUCGAUGUGGCAGGUGAGGUGUUUGACGAAAUAGCUCUGCCGGAAGAGAUUCAGAAAGACAGUGGCAGAUUAAUAGUGUCUGUGGCAGUAUUGAGUGACUUGCUGGCUGUGUUCACUAGUCGUUGUGGGGAUGCAUAUGCCGACCCCAAACCUCAAUCCGUUUGUUCUAUUUGGGUUAUGAGAGACUACGGCGUGCCCAAGUCUUGGACUAAGCUGUACAAUUUUGAGGCUCGCGGAAUGGUAAUAGGAUUUGGUGGCUUCACGUGCAAUGGUGAGCUUCUGAUGGAGAUACAUAGUGGAGAACCAUUUUCUUGGAAUCUGAUCACGAGACAAUUCACAAAUCUUCCAUUAUUGGAGACUUGCGAUUGGGUCACCAUUGCAGAGAGCCUCGUUAAACUUUAGAUAUGACUCGGUUGCUGCUACAUUUAUCGAUAUGAAAGAUAGAUUCUACUUGGAGAAAAGUUGAAAGGUACGU